CAGUUUGAGUUGUUUAUACCUCCUCCCCAAGAAGCCGAGAAUUUCGCUCAAACUGCAGCAGAUAGCAAAUUGGCCUUCGAAAGGGCUAACCGCUUAGCAACAGAAAUCACUGAACAGGAUAAGCGUCUCAAAGAUGUUCUGAUGGCUCGCCACUAUUACAUCAGACUUCGACCAUAUUUUCCGGCUCCAGGAGUGACCCUACCCGAAGCCAAUAAAAUAAAGACUUUCCUAAUGGAUCUGUUUCCAUUAAUGGGGAGAAACUUCCGUGGACGGCCAACAUUCAAGGAACAGUCAUANGAUGAAAGUAUUUGUUGGGUAUAUCCGGUGAACCGAACUUCUGGAGAAGACACUGGAAUUUGGAUGGUUUCGACACACAUGGAGAAUGGUUUCCAAGCACGAUCCGUAUUUCCGUGUCUUGACGAGCCAUCUUACAAGGCCGUAUUCCAUAUGACACUGAUUCAUCCCACGCAACUUAUCGCACUUUCGAACGCGAUGGAACGAGCACCGGAAGAUUUCGAGUGA